UCCGCGCUAGUCAGUGCUUUGGGAGGCUACAAAGCAAUCUCUAGGAUACGACGAACGACUCGACGACGCGUCUGUGCGACACGCAAACGGGACACACGCAAAUUAUCCAGCGCUAAACUAAACGCGAACCGGGAAGUGAGUGCUGUGCGACACCGAGUGUAACACGAAGUGACGUUUGGAACGUCCAUGUUAGCGGUAUAACGAGGCGCGCACACAAAGCAUGGGAGUGGCCGACGAUUUCGCUCCCAGCUUCACGCAAAAGCCGCAACUGCGGCAGGAGGACGAUGGCAACCGGCUGAUCUUUGAGUGUCAGCUGGACAGCGCCCCCAAACCCGAGAUACAAUGGUACCGCAGCGAUACGCUGCUCGCCGAGGAUGCGCGCACCACGUUCAAGAUUCAGUCCGUGGGCACGAACAAGUUUCUGGUCGUGCUCGAGCUGGACGACGUCAUCGAGAGCGAUGCUGGCCUGUACAAGGUCAAAGCGAAGAACAAGAUGGGCGAGGUGUCCGCCUCCAUCAAUCUUAAUUUCAGCCCAAUGGAUGAACCAAGAGAAAAACAAAUCGAUGGGCUCGCACCAACGUUCUCCAAGAAACCCGCAAUCAGGCAGGAGGAGGACGGCAAGCGCCUGCUCUUCGAAUGCCGGAUUCAGGCGGAUCCGAAACCGGUGGUCAACUGGUUCCACAAUGCCAACCCAGUGAAAGAGUCGCCACGUCAUAAGUUGAGGAUAGACAAAGAUGGCCACUCGUACUUUGCAACCCUUGAAAUUCAAAAUGUCACAGUUGAGGAUGCUGGCAAAUACAAGGUUACGGCAAAGAACGAGUUGGGUGAAAGCAACGCAACCAUCAGCUUGAAUUUCGACAGCGAUGAGGCACCAGUUCCAGAAGAUGAUCAUAUCAAGCCUACCUUCACUGAGCGGCCAGUCAUCAGGCAAAGCGAUGAUGGUAACAAGAUCACCUUUGAGUGCAGGUGUGUCGGAGAUCCUAAACCAACGAUUCAAUGGUUCCACGGUAAAAAGGAGCUCAAGGCUGGUGGACGUCUCACCAUGACAUUGGAACAAGACCAGACAUUGUAUUACAUCGCACGGUUGGAGAUUAAUGGAGUGGAGAAUGCUGAUAAGGGCGAAUAUCGUGCUGUAGCGACUAAUAAAAGCGGAACGGGCACCUCUACUAUCAAUCUAAAUUUCGAAGGAGAUGGUAAACCCAAAAUUCCCGACGGGAAAGCCCCGAGAUUCCCCAAGAAACCCACAAUUCGACAGGAUGGUGACAUCCUGAUAAUGGAAUGCCUCUUGGAGGCAAACCCUGCGCCGGAUAUCACCUGGUUCCAGGGUGCCAAGGCCAUCACGGAUAAUUCGCGCGUGCGCAUGUCGCGCAAAGCCGUCGGCAAAGACAACUACAUGCUCACGCUCGAAAUCUCGAAUCCGACGCGCGAGGACGGUGGAAAUUACCGCUGUAACGCGUUCAAUAGCUUCGGCGAAAGCAAUGCAAACAUAUCGCUUAACUUCCAAGGUGGCGACAAUGCGGCAGGCUUCCCGCCGUCCUUCAUCGAAAAGCCGAAAAUUAUUCCAAACGAAACGGGCACGCUGAUCACGAUGAAGUGCAGGUGCAAGGCCAAGCCCAAACCAGAAGUCACCUGGUUCAGAGGUACCACCGUAGUGAAAGAAUCGUCCAGAAUUAAGAUGACCAUGGUGGACGCGGAAGAAGAUGUUUACGAAUUAUCGCUCGAAAUUAAGGAUCCUACAGGUCCCGAUGGUGGCACUUAUAGAUGCCACGUACAAAACGAAUUUGGGGAAUCCAACGCUAACCUCAAUUUGAACAUCGAAAACGAACCUGAGCCGGAAGGCGAUGGUCCCACCUUUGUGGAAAAGCCCCGCAUUACCUCGCACCAAAACGGCAAAUUGGUCGUUAUGGACUGCAAGGUACGUGCCAACCCAAAACCAACUAUCGUCUGGUACCGCGAGGGUAAGGAAGUGAAAGAGUCCAGCAAGAUCAAGAUGUCCUUCGAAAAGGUCAGCGAGGACGUGUAUUACAUCAAGCUGGAGUUGAACAACCCAGAUCCGGAUGAUUCCGGUCUGUACAAGUGUAACAUCAAGAACAACUUGGGCGAACUCAAUGCCAAUCUCACUCUGAACAUCGAAAUCAUCCCGGUGAUCAAGGAGAAGCCCAAGGUAAUCAAGAUCGUAAAGAAGAGGACCAUUAUUGUGGAGUGCAAGGUUCUCAGCAAGUUUGCGCCCGACUGCACGUGGUUCAAGGAAACCACUGCGGUAAAGGAAAGCAGCAGACAUAAGGUGCUCAUUGAGCAGGUCAAGGAUGGUGAGUUUGCUGUCAAGUUGGAGAUCUGUGAAGUGGAGACAAAAGACAAAGGCUCAUAUAAAUUGGUCGCGCGUAAUGAGAAGGGUGAGGCGACCUCACAGACUGUUGAGGUGACAGAUCUACCUCCAGAGGAGAAGCCCAAGGGAAAACCCAAACUUACGAAACUCACCAACGUUUCAAUUGAAGAAAACAAAUCGGCUGAUUUCAUCUCCAGCCUGAAGGUAUCGGAUACUUCAGUAAUGAUUAUCUGGUAUCAUAAUUCUACGGUGAUCAGAGAAACAUCUGAUGUGAAGAUCACUUUUGAUGGAUCCGUAGCGAGAUUGAGCAUUAGCAAGUGUAAAAUUUCACAAUCGGGUACCUACAAGGUAAUUGCCAGGAAUGAUUUCGGAGAGGACGAGUCUAGUGCCACCUUGACUGUCACCGAGAAGAAGGAAGAAAAGAAGAAGGAAGAAGAAAAGAAAGAAGAAGAAAAGAAGGUUGAAAAGAAGAAGGAAGAAGAAAAGAAGAAGGAGGAGGAAAAGAAAAAGGAGGAGGAAAAGAAAAAGGUCGAGGAAGAGAAAAAGAAGGUAGAGGAGAAGAAAAAGGUAGAAGAAGAAAAGAAGGUGGAAGAAAAGAAGGCCGAGGUCAAGAAGGUCGAAGAAAAGAAAAAGAUCGAAGAGGAAAAGAAGGUAGAAGAAAAGAAAGCCUUAGAAGUGGCUAAGAAGAAGGUCGAGAAGAAAGAGGAAACUGUCGAGAAGAAGGUGGAAAGCAGACGUAGUUCUGUCCAGAAAGUCGAAACCAAGGUUGAGUCCAGACGCAGUUCAGUCAUCAAGGUCGAGGAGACGGUGAUCCAAGAUGGCGAAGUGAAGACCGCUAGUCGUAGAUCUUCCGUUCAACAGGAAGAAAAGAAAGAAACAAAGACUGAAAGCAAAUUGGUCGUCGAGGACAAGAAGAAGUUGGUCAAGGGUAAACUUGAACCUACCCCAGAAGCGAAAACACCAACCACACCAACAAAUGACAUUGACCCAGCCAAAACAUUCGCCACCACAAAGGUCGAGGCAGGAAAAAAAGAACCGGAAACACUCAAACCAGCCGAGACCAAGCCGGGGCUGAAAAAACCAGAGCCUAAAACACCAGAAAUUAUCGUACCAGAACCGGAACCGACUGCCGCGAAAAAACGUGGCAGUCUGGCCAAGGCCCGAUACGACCCGAUGGCGUACGUACCCGAUCCUGAGGAACUAGAGGUUCCAGAGGUCGAGGUCUCGGUGACACCGGACCUCGAAGUGCCUACCAUCAACGUGCCCGAAUUAACAGUGAGCGAGGAGAAGGCUGCCGAGAAAGUGAAAUUGAAAACUACCGAGAAGAAGGAAACCGUCGAAAAGAAGAAGGUCGUAAAGAAGAGCGACAAAGAUAAGAGCUAUGAACUGCCAGAGAUCGAGGAUUACGAGCGGCCCGUGCUUGAAAAGUACGAGAAAGGCGCGGAUUACGAAUAUGGCGGCCGCGAGAGGACUAAGCUCGUCAAGGAUAAACCAACGGUGCCGGAAAUUAAGAAGCCACAGGUGAAGGCACCGGAAGCACCUAAGAUCGCUGUUGUUAAGGAGAAGACUCCAGAACCAAGAAAGUCUUCGCUCGCGCCGGCCGGACCACCCAGCCGCCGUGGCUCCCUGAUCCCGCCCGAGGAGAUGGGCCGUCGGGCCUCCAUCAUCAUCACAGACGAGGAGAAUAGAAAGCUGCGUCCCGGAGAGGUGGUCGAUGAGAAAAAGCGCCGCAAGAGUACCGACAUUCGUAGACCAAGUAUCGCAGACAUGGAAGACUUCAUCAAUAAAGCUUCGACCCCAUUGCAGCCAACUGGUGCUGCUGGCACACCUCCUAGUAUUGUACACGUUGAGGAGAAUUAUUCGGCCGUUGAAGAUUCGAACGGCUACAUCACUGUCCAGGUUGAGGGCAAUCCGGCACCUACUUACAAAUUCUACAAGGGCAUCACUGAGCUCAUUGAAGGUGGUCGCUUCAAGGUUAUUACCGAAGGCGACCAGAAUCUUAUCACUUUGUGUAUUCGUAAAGUUAAACCUAAUGAUGAAGGACAAUACCGAGUGGUUGUUACUAAUGUGCACGGUGAAGAUUCAGCGGAGACUGUACUCUUCGUUUCCGAUGCUAGUGGUAUGGACUUCCGUGCCAUGUUGAAGAAGAGGAAGUAUGCCAAAUGGGCCGAGAAAAAGGAAGAAAUUGAUGUUAAUCUCAAGGAGACCGAGAAGCCCCUACCAGCUCUGAAGAAAGUUGAACAGCCAGGAAAAGGCCAUCACAUGGUCUUGUCCGGAUGGUUCGUCGAUGGCGAGAAUAUAUGUGUGAUGGUGGAUGGCAAAAUUGUCACUGAGGUGAAAGCUGACAAGGGAGGCAACGAGCACUGGUCGUGGAUGAAGGACGUUUUUAACAUUCAGCGGCGCCUGUCUCUGGACGAAAUAUACGGCGACGAUUGGCCGAGCCUGAUGAUAACCGAACAUCCAAAGAAAAAGGAAACUUUCUUGAAACCGCUUAUCGAUCAAUUCGCAAAGGAAGGCAAGGAUAAGAAGGUUGUCUUCGAGGCCAACUUCUCCAAGGCUAAUGCUAAACCAAAAUGGCUUUUCAGGAAGGACGAAUUAUUCCCUGGUUCCAAGUACAAGUUCAAGAACGAAAACGAUUCCUACAUUCUGGUUAUCAUGAAUCCCAAAGUGGAGGAUACCGGCAAAUACACCAUCGAAAUUGGUGGUAUUUCCAGCACAGGUUUUCUUGAAGUAGCUGAACCAGAUCCAAUCUACACUUUCACUAAACAUCUGAAAAAGAAGAUUGAAGGUUACACAAAGCACGAAACUAUUCUGGAAUGUAAUGUCAGUUCAAACAUGGCCAUCAUUGGCUGGUACAAGGGUGAAACUAAAUUGGAAGAUGGUGACCGUUAUUCCAUCUCCAAAGAUCUUGCUGGUAAAUGUACCUUGGUAAUCAAAAACAGUCUUAUCGAAGAUACAGAUGACUACCACUGUAAAUUGGAGAAGCAGACAGAAAACAACAUCACAUCUACAAAGGUUACCAUCACAGAAUAUCCAUACAAAUUCGUCAAGGUGCUCAAAUCUCAACAACUCCUCGAAAAAGAAAAUAUCACCCUUCUUUGUGAGUUGGAUGAUGAUGGUGGUGAUGUAAAAUGGUUCAAGGGUGACCAGGAGAUUACCGGAGAUAAACUGAAGGUAAUCUCUAAAGAUGGCCGUAAGAGGAAACUGGUCAUCAAAGAUGCUAAGAUCACUGACGCAGGCAUGUACUCAUGUGUCAGUAACGCCGAUAAGACCGAGGCUGAGAUAGUUGUUAACUACCUGAAUAGAUUCAACAAGAAACUUAAGGAUACUGAAGCAAUUGAGCGUGAUAAACUCAUCCUUGAAAUUGAACUUCAAGAUAAAACCGCGCCUGCUGAUUGGACCUUCAAUGGCAAACCAAUCGUACCAUCCGAAAGAGUUGAGAUCAAGAACUUGGGCGGUGGUAGACAUCAACUGCUCUUCAAUAAAUUGGAGAUGGAAGAUGAUGGUGAGAUCAUGUGCGAAUCUGGUAAGUUACAGUCAUCUAUGAAACUGACCGUCAAAAAGGGCGAAAGCAAGCCGAUCAUCGACUUCCCAUCUACAUUUGAAGCACCAGCUGCUUCUGUUAUCCUCAUGGAUGUACCUUACACAAUUGAGGGUACCAGAGUAUCACCAGUCGAAGCCAAGAUUAUUAAAGACGGCAAAAUCUUGCCCCUCAAAGAAGUGGAUGUUGUCAUCGGAGAGAACAAGGUGACCUACAAGUUCAAGAAACCUUCCAGGGACCAAUCUGGCAAGUACCAAAUCAAAUUGUCCAACUUGCAAGGUGAUGACAUCAAGGAUGUCAACAUCAUCAUGCAAGAAACACCUGGACCAGCUGAGGACGUUGAUGUUGUCGAGGUAUUCCAAGAUAACUGCACAGUUAAAUGGAAGAAGCCCAAAGACGAUGGUGGUUCUCCAAUUGCUCAUUACAUCGUAGAACGUCAAGAUAUCAGCCUUAAAGCUGGUUGGGACAAUGUGGGUGAAGUAAAAGCUGGAAGUGAGCUCGUCCACAAAGUGGAAGGUCUCAUUCCCAAGAAAACAUACAAAUUCAGAAUCCGCGCGGUCAACAAACUGGGCGCUGGUGAACCUGCGACCUUCGGCAAGAAUGUACUUGCUAAAGAUCCCUGGGAUGAACCCAGCAAACCUAAGAACGUUGAUCUUACUGAUUGGGACAAAGAUCAUGCAGAUCUCAAAUGGGACAAACCAGACAAUGAUGGUGGUGCUCCCAUUACAUCUUACAUCAUUGAAUUUAAAGAGAAAUUCGGCCAAGAGUGGAGUAAAGGUAUUGAGGUACCUGGAGAUCAAUUUACUGGUACCGUUCCUGGUUUGAAGGAAGGUCAACAGUAUGAAUUCCGUGUUCGUGCAGUAAACAAAGCAGGUCCUGGUGAACCCAGUGACGCGACUAAACCUAUCAUCGCUAAGAGCCGCUUUGUCAAACCCUUCAUCAUUGGAGAUGAUCUUAAACCUAUUAUUGUUAAGAAGGGUCAAGUUAUUAAAUACGACAUCAAAUAUGGCGGCGAACCAGAACCAGAAGUCACAUGGUUGUUGGAGAAGAAAGAACUCAAACAGGACGCUGAGGAAAGAAUUACCAUCGAUAAAUAUGAACGUAAUACUGUCAUUACUGUUAGGAGGGUAACCCGGGCCGACAGUGGAAAAUAUAUCCUCAGAUUGCACAAUAGUUCUGGCACUGUUGAAGGCAGUGCUGAUGUUAUUGUCCUUGACAAACCAUCACCACCUAAAGGUCCACUCAAAGUUGAAGAGGUUCGUGCUGACCAUGUCACAGUCAAAUGGCAACGACCUGAAGACUGUGGUGGUACUGAGUUGACUGGUUAUGUGCUGGAAAGAUUAGAUAUGGAUACGGGUCGUUGGAUUCCAGCCGGUGAGGUCGGACCCAACGAAGAUAAAUUCACCUUCAAGGGAUUGACACCCAAAAAGAAGUACAAGUUCCGUGUCAGGGCCAAAAACAAGGAAGGCGAGUCUGAACCACUCGAAACUGAUGAAGCCAUCACUGCCAAGAACCCCUACGAUGAACCUGGAAUGCCUGGCAAACCAGAAAUUAUCGAUUAUGACAACAAGAGUGUCACGCUCAAGUGGGCCAAACCCGAGAGUGAUGGUGGUCGUGCAAUUACUCAUUACACCAUUGAAAUGAAAGAUAAAUUCAGCCCAGACUGGAUUGAGGUUGCAACUACUCCUGGACCAGAACCAGAAGGAAAGGUAGAAGAACUUAAGGAGAAAAUGAUUUACCAGUUCAGGGUGCGUGCACAUAACAAAGCCGGACCUGGUCAACCAUCAGAACCUACCGAUAAUCACGUCUGCAAACACAAGAACCUCAAACCCCGUAUCGAUCGUGAAAUGUUCAAGUCUGUUACCAUCAAAGCGGGUCGCACACACAAGUGGUCUGUUGACAUUUCCGGUGAACCUCCACCGACUGUCAGGUGGGUGUGGCGCGAUGAUAUUCCCCUUUCAAAUAGUGAUCGUAUCAAGAUCGAAAACGUCGAUUAUCAUACCGACUAUAUCUUGACCAAUGCCCUUCGUAAGGAUACUGGCAAAUAUACUUUGAUUGCUGAGAACAAGAACGGAAAGGACGAAGUUACUGUAGAGUUGACAGUCCUGGGUAAACCUGGUAAACCUAAAGGCCCGUUGGAGGUGAGUGAUGUCACCGCAACCAAAUGCAAGGUCGGCUGGAAGAAACCAGAUGAUGAUGGUGGUGUACCAAUCAAAGAAUAUGAAAUCGAAAAGAUGGAUUUGGCAACUGGCAAGUGGGUACGCUGUGGACGUGUCCCCAUCGACAAAACUGGACUUUCUCCUGAAAAACUUGAAUUUGAAGUGACAGGUCUUAAUGAAGGAUCAGAAUACAAAUUCAGGGUAACCGCCGUCAAUGAUGAAGGAGACUCUGAACCACUGGUGACUGAUCUGAGCACAGUAGCAAAGAAUCCAUUCGAAACAGCUGGUAAACCUGGAACACCAGAAAUCACCGAUUACGAUAACAAAGGUGUUAAUCUUAAGUGGACCAAACCAAAGAGCGAUGGCGGAGCACCAAUUGAGAAGUACAUCAUUGAAAAGAAAGAUAAAUAUAAGCCAGAUUGGGAGAAGGCUGGUGAAGUACCCGGAGACCAGCUGGAUGCUAGAAUUGAAGACCUCAAAGAAAGGGGUGAAUAUCAAUUCAGGAUUAUUCCUGUCAACAAAGCUGGUCUUGGUACACCAUCAGAUGCUUCCAACAUGCAGAUCAUCAAGCACAGAUCUCUUAAACCAAGGAUUGACCGCACCAAUCUUAAACCAAUUAUCGUACGCGCUGGUAAGGUUGUCAAAUACGACGUGGAUGUCCGAGGUGAACCACCACCAACCAUCACAUGGUUCCAAAACGACAAAGAAGUUCUGUCUGAGGGAAAUGUUGAGAUUGUUAACGUUGACUAUAACACUAAAAUCACAAUUACUAACUCAAUCAGGAAAAACACCGGUACCUACAAAAUUAAGGCUGUCAAUGAACAUGGUUCUGAUGAAGCUGAAGUAGAAGUCACCAUUCUUUCUGCGCCUGGUAAACCUAAGGGUCCACUUAAAGUUGCCGAUGUCACCAAACAAGGCUGUAAACUCAAAUGGGAGAAACCAGAGGACGAUGGUGGCAAACCCGUCACCGGCUAUGUUGUUGAAAAACUUGACAAAUCUACCAACCGAUGGGUUCCAGUUGGUCGAACCAAUGACACCGAAAUGGACGUCAAGGGUCUGUCUGAAGGACACGAGUACGAAUUCCGCGUCAAGGCUGUAAACGACGAGGGAGAAUCUGAACCUUUGGUCACUGACAAACCCAUCAUUGCCAAGAAUCCCUUCGAUGUCCCUGGCAAACCCGGAACUCCGGAAAUUGUCGAUUGGGAUGCCGACCGUGUGGAUCUUAAAUGGACCGCACCCAAGAGCAAUGGCGGUGCCCCUAUCACUGGUUAUGUUAUAGAAAAGAAAGAAAAGUUCUCUUCCUCCUGGGAUGAGAUCCAUACUUCCUUCAGUACUGAUUGUGAUUGCACAGUACCUGGUUUGAAGGAAGGUAAUACCUAUCAAUUCCGUGUACGUGCCAUGAACAAAGCAGGUAAUGGUGAACCUUCUGAACCAACCAAGCAACAUGUUGCUAAGGCUCGCCACUUGAGACCAAUGAUCAAUCGCGAGAAACUGCACACCAUCAAAGUCCGCGCUGGCCAAUUGGUCAAGUACGACGUCGAUGUCAAGGGUGAACCUCCACCAACCAUCACCUGGAGCUUUGCUAAUAAGGUCUUGGAAAACACCCCACGUACCAAGAUCGAAAAUGAGGAUUAUAACACCAAAUUCACUCUUAGUGAUACCACUCGUAAAGAUACUGGUACCUACACCAUCAAAGCCGAAAACGAUUCCGGUUUUGAUGAAGCUCCAGUUGAAGUGAUCAUCCUCGACAAACCUGGCAAACCAGAAGGUCCUUUGGACGUAUACGAUGUCCACAAGGAAGGUUGCAGGGUCAAAUGGAACAAACCCAAAGACGAUGGUGGUUUGCCCAUCACAGGCUACACUAUUGAAAAACAGGAAGCCGGAAGUGGUCGCUGGAUCCCUGCUGGUUUUGUUGAUGCCGAUAAACUCGAUCAUGAAAUUACUGGUCUAGAACCCAACAAAAAGUACCAUUUCAGAGUCAAGGCUGUUAACGAAGAGGGUGAAUCUGAACCUCUUGAAACUGACAGCGCUAUUACUGCCAAGAAUCCCUUCGAUAUACCAGCUCCACCUGGUCUUCCCGAAAUUAUCGACUGGGAUGAGCAUUCCGUUAAGCUCAAGUGGGAGAAACCCGUGCGCGAUGGUGGUGCACCAAUCACCGGAUACAUCAUUGAAGCCAUGGAUAAAUUCGUGGGACAGUUUGUUAAAGUCGCUGAAGUUGGUCCCACAUGCACUGGUAGUGUACCACGUUUGGAAGAAGGCAAUCAAUAUAAAUUCCGCGUAAGGGCAGUUAACAAAGCAGGUCCUUCUGAACCAUCUGAACAGACCAACUGGCAUACAGCCAAGGCCAGAUACCUGAAACCAUUGAUCGAUCGUACCAACCUCAAUGCACUGACCAUCAAGAGCGGUCUUUCUAUUCACUUGGACGUUAAUAUUGCUGGUGAACCUCCACCAAAGGUCACUUGGUUUAAGGACGGCAAAGAAAUGGUCAGCGAUGAAAUCAUUCGUAUUGACAACGUUGAUUACAACACUAAAUUCUUUGUCAUGAAGGCCAAACGUGCCCAAAGCGGCAAAUACACAAUUGUCGCAAAGAACGAAGUAGGUGAAGACACCGCCGAAAUUGAUAUCUCUGUCCUCGGUAAACCUGGUAAACCUAAGGGUCCAUUGGACGUGUCUGAUGUAACCAAACACGGCUGCAAGUUGAAGUGGAAGAAGCCGGAAGACGAUGGUGGCACUCCAAUCGAUUAUUAUGAAAUCGAAAAGUUAGAUCCCAAUACAGGUGCUUGGAUUCCUUGCGGAAAGAGUUCAGAACCAGAGGCUAAUAUCACAGGUCUUCAAGAAGGCAAACCAUACAAGUUCCGCGUAAAGGCUGUUAACAAAGAAGGAGAAUCUGAACCAUUAGAAACCGAAAAAUCCAUCAUUGCUAAGAAUCCAUUCGACGAACCUGGUAAACCUGGAAGGCCUGAUCUUAAAGAUUGGGACAAGGACUUUGUCGAAUUGGCCUGGAAACCACCAUCUAGCGAUGGCGGCGCACCCAUUGAAAAAUACAUUAUUCAAAUGCACGACAAAGCUGGUCGUGGCUGGGUUGAUGCCGCUGUCGUUUCCGGUGACAGGAAUACCGGUCGUGUCGAAACUGUUGAAGAGGGACACGAAUACGAGUUCCGUAUUGUUGCUGUUAAUAAAGCAGGCCCUAGUGAACCUAGUGAUCCGUCUAAACCUGUUAUUGCUAAACCCAGAUUCUUGGCUCCAAGAAUCGACCGCAAGAAUCUCCAAAAGAAGGUUGUCCGCGUUGGUCAAAUGCUGCGGAUGGAGGCUGACGUUACUGGUGAACCCGCCCCUGUCGUCACUUGGACUUUGAAAGAACAAACCCUUAGGAGUAACGAUCGUCUUAAGAUUGAAAAUGAAGAUUACCACACUUGCUUCAUUCUUCAAAAAUGUAAACGUGCCGAUACUGGCAUGUACAUUGUUACUGCUAAGAACGACAGUGGUGUUGAUACUGUCGAAGUGGAGAUCCAAGUCUUGAGCAAACCGUCCAAACCUAAAGGUCCACUUAAAGUAUCUGACGUUACCGCUGAAGGUUGCAAACUCAAAUGGGAACCACCAGAAGAUGAUGGUGGUGAACCAAUUCAAGGAUAUGUCGUUGAACGUCAAGAUGUUGAGACCGGUCGCUGGGUACCAGUUACCACCACCAAAACACCCGAGGCUGAUGUUUCUGGUUUGACUGAAGGUAAAGACUACCAAUUCCGUGUAAAAGCAAUCAACUCUGAGGGAGAAUCAGAACCUCUGGUUACUGAUGUACCCACCACUGCCAAGAAUCCAUUCAAAGCUCCCGAAGCUCCUGGUAAACCUGACGUCAAAGAUUGGAGCCGUAACCACGCUGAUCUUAAAUGGGCUCCACCUAAAGAAGAUGGUGGUGCUCCAAUUACUGGAUACAUCGUUGAAAAGAAGGAUCCGGCUGGUAACAAAUGGAUCAAGGUGUUGGAAGUACCCGGAAACAAGACCGAAGCCAAAGUACCUGAUUUAAUUGAAGGACAAAAGUAUCAAUUCCGUGUGAAGGCUGUUAAUAAAGGUGGAGAAUCUAAACCAUCAGCUGCUUCUGAUACCAUCACUGCCAAGGACAGAUACGUUGCUCCAAAGAUUGACCGUAGCACAAUGAGAGAUCUUACUGUUAAGGCUGGUCAACAAGUACGUCUGGAUGUCAAGGUUUCUGGUGAACCAGUGCCAAGCAAGACUUGGUUUAUUAACAAAGCACGUAUUGAGAAACGUGACGACAUCACAAUUGAUAUCGAAGACUAUAAGACCAAGUUUGUCAUUGCAGCUGCAACACGUGCCCACAGUGGUACUUUGUUGCUGAAGGCUGAAAACCAGUGUGGUAAAGAUGAAGCCACCAUUGAAUUAAAGGUCCUUGACAAACCAAGCAAACCAGAAGGCCCUCUUAAGAUCAGCGACAUUCACAAGGAGGGUUGCACUCUCAAAUGGAACCCACCACUAGACGAUGGUGGUGUUCCAGUUGAAUACUAUCAAGUCGAAAAGUUGGAUCCAGAAACUGGACGAUGGGUAUCUGCUGGCAGGGCUAAAGAACCCAAGCUUGAACUUAACAAUCUCGAACCUGGCAAGGAGUAUAAAUUCAGAGUGGCUGCUGUUAACUCUGAAGGCGAGUCUGAACCACUUGAAGCUGACAAGAGCAUAAUUGCUAAGAAUCCAUUUGAUGAACCUGGUGCACCUGGCGUACCCGAAGUCACCGACUGGGACAAAGACCACGUUGACCUUAGAUGGACCCCACCAGCAAGCGAUGGUGGGUCUCCAAUCACUGGUUAUAUCAUCGAGAAGCGCGAGAAAGGCUCGACCAAAUGGCAAAAGGCUGGUGAAACCGGCCCUAACGACACCAAGGGUACCGCUGAAAACCUGGACGAAGGAGUUGAAUAUGAAUUCCGUGUACGUGCAGUCAAUGCUGCCGGUCCAGGUGAACCUAGUGGCGCAUCUAAAUCCGUUAUUACGAAGCCAAGAAGACUGGCUCCUAAGAUUGAUAGAAAGAACUUGCGCACUAUUCAUGUGAAAGAAGGCGAACCCAUUUACAUCGAUGUCAAGAUUACCGGCGAGCCCGCUCCGAUGGUCGCGUGGACUUUAGAAAACAAAUCUAUUGCGUCCCCGCGGGUGCGCAUCGAAGACAAACCUUAUAACUCCAAAUUCUUCAACGACACACCCGAAAGGAAAGAUACUGGAGUUUAUAAAAUUCAGGCCACCAAUAAAUAUGGUUCAGAUACCGCUGAAGUGGAAAUCAACAUUAUCUCCAAACCAGGCAAACCAGAAGGCCCAUUGGAAGUUUCAGACAUCCACAAGGAUGGCUGCACUCUCAAAUGGAAGAAACCCAAAGACGAUGGAGGUGAACCAAUUGAAGGUUACAUCGUUGAGAAGUUCGAUCCAGAAUCUGGAAUGUGGUUGCCAGCUGGUAAGACUUUGGGUAAUAAUCCCGAGUUGAAGGUUGAUGGAUUAAUUCCUGGUCAUGAAUAUAAGUUCCGUGUGAAAGCUGUUAACAAAGAAGGAGAAUCUGAACCUCUUGAAACCUUGGGUAGCAUUAUUGCCAGAGAUCCAUUCAGUGUUCCAAGCAAACCCGGAGCACCUGAACCAGUUGACUGGUCAGCCCAGCAUUGCGAACUUAAGUGGACCGAACCUCCAUCCGAUGGAGGAUCACCAAUUACUGGUUACAUCAUCGAAAAGAAAGACAAAUACAGCCCGAUGUGGGAGAAGGCAGUGGAAACCACUGGCCCCAACCCAACUGGUAUUGUCAAUGGCCUAAUUGAAGGAAACGAAUAUCAAUUCAGGGUCAUUGCGUUGAACAAAGCUGGCCCCAGCGAAGCAUCAGAACCCAGCAAGAACUUCAUUGCUAAACCAAGAUUCUUGGCUCCACGCAUUGAUAGGCGUUACUUGCAUGAUAUUACCAUUUCUGCUGGUUCCGCAUUGAAAUACGACGCCAAUAUUAUUGGUGAACCUGCACCUAAUGUGGAAUGGAGAUUCCAAGGAUCUAAGAUGAGCAAUGAUAAACGUAUUGAUAUCACCAACGUAGACUACAACACUAAGUUGGUUAUUCGUCCAGCAAGACGUGAAGAUUCUGGCGAAUACAAUGUUACUGCUUCUAACUCCUCUGGAAAGGACACGCAUACUGUCACAGUCACUGUUACCGACAAGCCUACACCACCAGAAGGUCCACUUGCCAUUUCUGACGUUAAUAAGAAUGGUUGCAAGUUGAAGUGGAAGCGUCCAAAGGACGAUGGUGGCACUCCGAUCGAAUAUUACCAGGUAGAGAAGAUGGACCCAGAAACUGGUACCUGGGUACCUGCCGGUAGAUCAACUGAACCUGGCAUGGAAGUUACCGGACUUACCCCUGGUCAUGAAUAUAAAUUCCGUGUCGCUGCUGUUAACGCCGAAGGUGAAUCUAAACCCCUCGAGGCAGCGGAAUCUAUCAUCGCCAAGAAUCCAUUCGAUGAACCCGGAGCGCCUGGACAUCUCAAGGCCACCGACUGGGACAAAGAUCAUGUUGACCUUGCCUGGACCCCACCUGCAACAGAUGGUGGUUCUCCAAUCACUGCCUACAUUGUUGAAAAGAAGGACAAAUUUGGAGAAUGGGAAAAAGCGCUUGAAGUGCCUGGAGAUCAAUGCAAAGCCACUGUACCUGAUUUAAUCGAGGGUCAAGGUUAUCAAUUCCGAGUUCGUGCUGUAAAUGCUGCCGGACCUGGUGAUGCUAGCAAUGAAACACCAACCAUCAUUGCUAAGCCCCGUAACUUGGCACCAAAGAUCGAUAGAACCAACCUUAUCGAAAUCCGCAUCAAGGCCGGUCAAAACUUUAACUUUGACGUUAAGGUUUCUGGUGAACCCAUGCCUACAACUAAAUGGAUUCUAAGUGGCAGAGAAGUUAAGAACGACAGCCGCACCAAAGUGCAACAUGGCGAGUACAUCACAAAAUUGAAGGUUACCAACGCAAGAAGGUCCGAAUCGGGCACCUACACCAUUACUGCUGAGAACGUUAACGGCAAAGAUAUUGCUGAUGUUACUGUUACCGUUUUGGAUAAACCUAGCCCACCAAAUGGUCCUCUACAAGUAUCCGAUGUUCAUGCCAAGGGUUGCAAACUUGCUUGGCGUCCACCUUCUGACGAUGGUGGUCAACCCGUUGAGAAAUACGUGGUUGAAAAGAUGGAUGAAGCUACCGGUAGAUGGGUACCAGCUGGUGAAACUGACGGCCCAGUUACCAACUUGGAAGUCGAUGGUUUACAACCUGGAAAGAAAUACAAGUUUAGAGUAUGUGCCGUGAAUAGACAAGGUAAAUCUGAACCACUGACCACCGCUCAAGCAAUCCUUGCUAAGAACCCCUACGACCAGCCAAGCAAACCAGGCACGCCUGAUAUCAUUGAUUACGAUAGAGAUUUCGUGGAACUUAAAUGGGACAGACCAGAAUCUGAUGGUGGAUCUCCCAUUACGGGAUACGUUAUUGAGAAGCGUGACAAAUUCAAUCCCAACUGGGAGAAGUGCGCUGAUGUUGAAGGUGAUGUUACCACUGGAAAGGUUAAUGAUUUGAUUGAGGGUACACCAUACGAAUUCCGUAUUCGUGCCGUGAACAAGGGAGGACCAAGUGAGCCUAGCGACGCGUCCAAGGUCCAUGUUGCUCGUCCCAAGAAUCUUGCACCCAAGAUUGACAGGAAUGUCUUCGUGGAUAUCAAGAUUCGCGCUGGUCAAACCUUCGAAUUCAACGUACCUGUCAUCGGUGAACCACCACCAACCAAAGAAUGGGAAGUUAAGGGCACCGUUCUUGUCCCAUCCGAUCGUAUCAAGGUCACCAAUGAAGAUUACAUGGCGCAUUUGCGCAUUACUGAUGCCAAACGUAUCGACAGUGGUCCAUACCAACUCACUGCAAAGAACAUUAAUGGCAAAGACACUCACACUGUCAAAGUUACUGUCCUUGAUAUUCCUUCACCACCAGAAGGCCCGUUGAGAGGUGAUGAGGUCACUAAGUCCUCUGUUACACUCAAAUGGCGUCCACCAAAGGACGAUGGUGGCUCAGAAAUCACUCAUUAUGCUGUUGAAAAGCAAGAUCUGGAGACAGGUCGUUGGUUACCAGCUGGCGAAUCUGUCAGUCCUUACAUGCGUGUUGAUAACCUUGCUGAAGGUCACGACUACAAAUUCCGUGUUGUAGCUGUUAACAAGCAAGGUGAAUCAUUGCCACUGACCACCAGUGAGAGUAUUACUGUUAAGGAUCCGUAUACAAGACCAGACAAACCAGGUCAACCCGUCGCUACUGACUGGGAUAAGGAUCAUGUUGACCUGGAGUGGACCGCACCAAAGAGAGACGGUGGUGCUCCUAUUGAUAAAUACAUCAUUGAAAAACGUCCUAAACAUGGCAGCUGGGAAAAGGCUGCUGAAGUACCCGGAAAUCAAACUAAAGGUACAGCUCCCAAUCUCACUGAGGGAGAAGAAUAUGAAUUCAGAAUUAUUGCCGUCAACAAAGGUGGUCCUAGUGAACCAAGUGAAUGCUCACUUCCUGUUAUUGCUAAGCCUAGAUUCCAAGCGCCUACCUUCAACAAAUCGCUCUUGGAAGAUCUUGUUGUCAAGGCGGGUAACCGCAUUGCAUGGGAUCUGCCUAUUGAAGCCUCACCUAAACCUAAAGCCCAAUGGGUAUGCAACGGUAAAGAAAUUCAAGCUAGUGAACGUGUUGAUAUGUAUGUAUCAACAUCUAAAUGCACCUUCGAGAUUCCAUUCUCUGCCAGAACUGACACUGGUACUUACACGUUAACCCUCACCAAUAACCUUGGCUCCUUCAGCGCAUCUGCUCAGGUUCUCGUUAUUGACAAACCUAGUCCACCACAACCACCAUUGGAAAUCAGCAGAAUCACCAAAGAAGGAUGCAGAGCCAGCUGGAAGGUCCCAUUGGACGAUGGUGGCUCUCCAAUUUUGCACUAUGUUGUUGAAAAAAUGGACGUGUCACGUGGUAUCUGGUCCGAUGCUGGUAUGUCUACUAUCACUCAUCAUGACAUCACCAGAUUGGUACACCGCAAAGAAUAUUAUGUCCGCGUCAAGGCUGUGAAUGCCGUUGGCGAAUCUUUGCCUCUUGAAUUGCCACGCAGCUUUAUCGCUAAAAACGAAAGUGAUGAACCCGAUGCGCCUGGUAAACCCAAUGUUGUCGACUGGGACAAAAACCACGUGGAUCUGGAAUGGGCCGCGCCAAAGAACGAUGGCGGUUCCCCGAUUACUGGCUACAUCAUCCAGAAGAAAGAAAAGGGCAGCCCAUACUGGAACCAGGCUGCAACCGUCCCAGCUGGCAAAACUGAUGCCAGAGUACCUGAUCUUAUCGAAGGACAAGAAUAUGAAUUCCGUGUUAUCGCAACGAACAACGCUGGUAACAGCGAACCAUCCGAACCAAGCGAUAUGGUCUUGUGCAAGGCCAGAUACUUGGCACCAAAGAUUAAAACACCUCUUAAUGAUAUUCGUAUCAAGGCUGGUCUUAUCCUGCACAUUGACAUUGACUUCAUUGGUGAACCAACACCUGAAGUCACAUGGUCAUCUAAUCAUAAACCAUUGACCGCCGAUGAACGUACCACCGUCACGGCCAUUGGUCAUCAUACUGUCAUUCACGCUGUCAAUGCCAAGCGCUCUGACAGCGGAUUAUAUCAUUUAAUGCUGAAGAAUUCUUCAGGAACUGAUGAAGGAUCCUUCCAAGUUAUCGUAUUAGAUCGCCCUGCGCCUCCCGAAGGACCAUUGGAAUACGAAGAAAUUACAGCUCAAAGUGUCACCCUGUCGUGGAAACCACCAAAGGAUAACGGUGGAAGUGAAAUUACUGGAUAUGUUAUUGAGAAACGUGAUUUGACUCAUGGUGGUGGUUGGGUACCAGCUGUUAACUAUGUUAACCCUAAGAACACCCACUCUGUGGUACCACGUCUCCUUGAAGGCACCAAAUAUGAAUUCCGCGUACUUGCUGAGAACUUGCAAGGUCGUUCAGAUCCAUUGCAAACUGACAAACCCGUCGUUGCCAAGAACCAAUACGACGUUCCCGGUAAACCUGGCAAACCAGAAUUGGUCGAUAGUGACAAAGACCAUAUCAAAAUCAAAUGGUCUUCACCAAUCAGCAAUGGUGGAUCUCCCAUCAUUGGCUACGAUAUCGAGAGACGUGAUCGUGCUACCGGACGCUGGGUGAAACUUAACAAAGAACCCAGCCGCCACCAGGAAUACUAUGACGAUAGGGUGCAAGAAGGACACGAAUACGAAUACAGAGUAACUGCGGUUAAUGCCGCAGGCCCAGGCAAACCAAGCGACACAUCGAACGCAAUGAUUGCCAAACCGAUGAAAGAGAAACCCAAGCUUUGGCUGGAUGGCAUCAUCGGCCGCAAGAUUAAGGUGCGCGCCGGUGAACCCAUUCGCGUCGACAUUCCACUUUCAGGUGCUCCAAUCCCGAAGGUCGAAUGGAAAAAGAACAACAUUGUUAUUCCCGAAUCAAACAGAGUAUCUACGCAAACCAACAGCGAACACACCUGCCUCCGCGUAGAAUCAUCCAACAGGGAUGAUUCUGGCAAAUACACCGUCACUGCUAGCAAUGAAUAUGGCAAAGACUCUGCCGAUAUCGAGGUCAUUGUUGUGGAUAAACCUGGCAUGCCCAAGGGUCCACUACAAUACACCGAAACAACCCAGGAAACUGUGUCCGUCUCGUGGAAUCCUCCAGAUGAUGAUGGCGGUGGUGAAAUCACCAACUACAUCAUCGAGGUCAGCGAGUUCGGAAUGGACUGCUGGCGCCCGUGCCCCGGUUUCUGUCCAAAGACCAACUUCACCGUUCGCGGUCUUACCGAGGGCAAAAAAUAUGUCGUGCGCGUGCGCGCUGAAAACAUCUACGGAGUUUCGGAACCACUCGAAGGUAAACCCGUUGUUGCUAAGAGUCCGUUUGAUCCACCAGGUCCACCAAGCCAGCCGCAAGUCGUCGGCUACACGCCGUCCAGCUGCUCGCUCAAGUGGAACCCACCAACCUCCACCGGUGGCAAGCCUAUCUCCGGUUACUACAUCGAGAAGCGUGAGCGUGGUGGUGAAUGGGUCAGGGUCAACCAUUACCCAACACCUAAUACCAGCUACACCGUGCAGGACCUGCGCGAAGGUAACAAAUACGAAUUUAGGGUGGUUGCCGUCAAUGAAGCUGGACCUGGUGAGCCGAGCAGACCAACUGAACCCAUCAUCGCCGGUCACCAAAGAUUCAAGCCCGAUGCUCCGGAACCACCCAAACCGGACCGCAUCACCAAGGACAGUGUCACACUAUCUUGGCGUCCACCACGUAACGAUGGCGGAUCUAAAAUCAAGGGAUACAUUCUUCAACAACGCAAGAAGGAUGCUGCUGACUGGUCUGACUGCAAUUCUGUACCUAUUAAGGAACUGGUCUACACUGUGCCUAAGCUUAAGGAAGGAGAUGAAUACCAAUUCCGUGUUAUUGCUGUUAACGACGUAGGCCCAUCUGAGCCAAGCAAACCAACACCAAUGAUCCUUAUUGAGGAACAAGCAAACAAACCAUGCAUCGAUUUGAGCGGUAUUCGUGACAUUACUGUCAGAGCCGGUGAAGAUUUCAACAUUCACGUACCAUAUGUUGGUUUCCCCAAACCAGUUGCUUCCUGGUUUGCCAAUGAUAAGAUUCUGGAUGAAACUGAUACCCGUGUACAUCCUACACUUACCGACGAUUAUGCUAGCAUCAUUGUAAAGAACGCCAACAGAAACGAUGCUGGUCAGUACAGGUUGCAGUUGAAGAACCCCUCAGGUUUCGACACCGCUACCCUUAAUGUACGUGUAUUGGACCGUCCUGGUAAACCUGAGAACCUGCGUGCUGAUGAAUUCGCCGGUGACCAAUUGACGUUAUACUGGCAGCCACCAAAGGACAAUGGUGGAUCUCCAAUCACCAACUACAUUGUUGAGAGGAAGGAAGCUAGGUCUCAAACAUGGACCAAGAUCAGCAGUUAUGUUACUGUACCCUUCAUUCGCGUGCGCAACUUGACCAUCGGCAAAGAAUACGAAUUCCGUGUCAUUGCUGAAAACAAGUAUGGUCAAUCCGAUCCAGCUGUCACUGCCGAACCCAUCAGGGCCAGACAUCCAUUCGAUGUUCCCGGAGCUCCAGGCUCUCCUCGUGGUGUGGAAACCACCGAAGAUUCCAUUACGAUCACAUGGAACAAACCACGACAUGAUGGCGGUUCUCCAAUUACUGGAUACGUCAUUGAAAAGAGGUUGACCACUGAAGAUAAAUGGACCAAGGCCUCUCACGCAUUGGUCCCUGAUACUACUCAUAAGGUGAUCAACUUGAUUGAGAACCACGAGUAUGAAUUCCGUGUCGCUGCUAUGAAUGCUGCUGGACAAGGUCCAUGGAGUCCACCUUCUGAUAUCAUUGUCUGCAGAGCUCCACCAUCUGCUCCUAAGAUCACUUCUGAUCUUAGUAUCAGAGACAUGGUUGUCAUUGCCGGUGAAGAAUUUAAAAUCACUGUACCAUUCACUGCUUCUCCAAGACCCAGAGAAAACUGGACCAUCAACAACGAUGAAGUUAUUCAGGACCAUCGUAUCAAAUUCGAAACUACUGAUAUCCAAUCUGUGUUCAUUAACAACAAAGCCAAGCGUUCCGACAGUGGAAGCUAUACUAUCAAGCUUACCAACAGUGUUGGAUACGAUUCUGGCUCUUGCAGAGUUCUUGUUGUCGACAAACCUGGCAAACCUCAAGGACCAUUGGAUGUCUCAGAUAUCACACCAGAUAACUGUUCUCUUGCCUGGAGGCCACCAUUGGACGAUGGCGGCUCCCCGAUUACCAACUAUAUUGUUGAGAAAUAUGAACCUUCUGGAAUCUGGGUUAAGGCUAGUAGCUUUGUCCGCAACACCCACUAUGACGUUAUGGGACUGGAACCCAACAAACGCUACAGCUUCCGUAUCCGUGCUGAAAAUCAAUAUGGUAUCAGUGAACCCCUCGAACUGGAUGAACCUAUCACUGCCAAAUAUCCAUUCACUGUGCCAGACGCACCAGGUGCGCCACGUGUCAGCGACUGGGAUUCAAGCACUAUCCAUCUUAUCUGGGAACGCCCCGGAAACGAUGGUGGCUCCCGAAUUCAAGGUUAUCGUCUGGAAUACCGCGAUGUGGCUGAGACCAACUGGACUCCAGCUGCUGAUUAUCUCAUUCCUCAAACACACUUCGAUCUGUACAACAUGAUCACUGGUCACGAAUACGAAUUCCGUGUAAAGGCUAAGAACGCUGCUGGUUUUAGCAAACCAUCUUCAUCCUCCACCAGAUUCAAGCUCAAGGGUAAAUUCAACGUGCCAUCUCCACCAGGUGCACCUAAAGUGGUCAAGGUUGGCAAGAGCUACGUUGACCUCACCUGGGAAAUACCCGCAAACGAUGGUGGUUCCAGAAUUACCGGGUACAUCAUCGAAAAGAGAGAAAUCGGUAGUCCAAUUUGGAACAAGUGUAAUGAGUACAAUGUCACCGAUACUAACUACACUGCUAUCAAUCUCAUUGAACGCAACGAUUAUGAAUUCCGCAUCUUUGCUGUCAACGCAGCUGGUAAGAGUGAACCUAGCGCAUGCUCUACCCCAGUCAAAGUAUGCGAAGUACUUGGAGGUGAGAAACCAGAAUGGAUUCGUCCAUUGGGUAACACCGUCGUGCCACUUGGCAGGACUGUUACCUUGGAAUGCGAAGCAAGCGGCAAACCACCAGCGACCUACAGGUGGUUGCGCAAUGGACGUGAAUUGACCUUAUCAGGAAGAUACAGAUACGAAACCAAGGGUAGUGUUGCCCUAUUGCAUAUUAUCGAUGCUUUGGCUCUUGAUGAAGGAGAUUACACCUGUGAGGCCAGCAAUGCUAUGGGCUCAGUCACAACUAACGCCCGUGUCAAGAUUGGAUCUCCACCUGUUAUCAACCGCAUUCCUACCGAGUUGUACCUGCCUGAGAAUGAUAACACCAAGAUCAAGAUUUACUACUCUGGUGACCAACCCAUUGAGUUUACUCUUACGAAGGGCGGCAAGAAGAUUGAUGAAUCUGAACACAUUAAAUUUACCAUCUUUGAUGAAUACAUCAUUGUUUACAUUCGUGGUAUCCGCAAAGAUGACGCUGGAAAUUACACCGCAACCAUCAAGAAUGACAGUGGUUCUGUUUCUGGUAACUUCACUGUAUACAUUACUGGUCUUCCUGGUCCACCAAUCAAUUUGGACGUUGCUGAUAUCACUAAACACACUUGCACUCUCACAUGGAAACCACCUACUUACGAUGGUGGUCUUCGCAUUACCCACUAUGUCGUGGAACGUAAAGAUGUUUCUUUGACCCACUGGAUCACAAUUUCGUCCUCUUGCAAGGACACUUCAUUCAUGGUGCAAGGUUUGACUGAAGGACAAGAAUAUCUCUUCAGAGUUAUGGCUGUAAAUGAUAACGGUAUGGGACCAGCAUGCGAGGGUACUAACCCGAUCAAGGCUAAAGCACCAUUCGACCCACCAUCACCACCCGGCAUUCCAAACGUCACUCAAAUCGGUGGUGACUUCGUCAACUUGGAAUGGACCCGACCAGAAUCUGACGGUGGUGCUCGCAUCCAAGGAUACUGGAUCGACAAACGUGAGGUGGGCAGCAACACUUGGCAACGCGUCAAUGUUGCUAUUUGCUUGCCGACCAUUCUCAACAUCUCCAACCUCAUUGAAGGUCGCCAGUAUGAAUUCCGCGUGUUUGCUCAAAAUAUCGCUGGUCUUUCUGAACCAUCCACCAACUCAUUGUCUGUUAAAAUCGUUGACCCAAUGGGUGCUACUCCACCAGAAAUUGUCAAGCCUCUUAAGAACGCUAAUUGCAUUCAGAACCAUAAUGCCAAAUUCGAAUGCACCAUUACCGGUAGCCCAAAACCAACCAUCACAUGGUACAAAGGCGCCCGUGAAAUUACCAGUGGUUCCAGAUACAACAUCUACUCUGAAGGUGACAAUUAUCACCUCACCAUCAACGAUGUCUUUGGUGAAGAUGCCGAUGAAUACGUUUGCAGAGCUAUUAAUAAGGGUGGUGUGAAAUCUACCCGCGCUGAAUUGAUCAUCAUGACUCCACCGAAACUCAACGUUCCACCCAGAUUCCGUGACACUGCCUACUUCGACAAAGGUGAAAAUGUCGUCAUCAAGAUUCCAUUCACUGGUCAUCCACGUCCACGCAUCAGCUGGAUCCGCGAGGGUGAGACUAUUGAAUCUGGUGGUCAUUACCACGUGGAGGUCAAGGACCGUCAUGCUAUUCUUACCAUUCGCGAUGGCAGUAAACUCGACAGCGGUCCAUACAGAAUCACAGCUGAGAAUGAUAUGGGUCAAGACUCUGCCAUUAUCAAGAUCCAGAUCAGCGAUAGGCCAGACCCACCACGAUUCCCAACUUGCGAUAACGUUGGAUUUGAUUCCCUUGCACUCAACUGGAAGCCACCACUUUGGGAUGGCGGUAGCAAUAUCACCAACUACCUGGUUGAGAAACGUGAACAUCAACUGCAAACGUGGUUGAGAGUGGGCAACACCCGCAUCAAUUCAAUGGCUAUCAGUGGAUUGUCACCUGGUCACCAGUACGAAUUCAGAGUAUACGCUGAAAACAUCUACGGCCGUUCUGCGCCAUCAGACAUCAGUACCCUAGUAACCAUGAAGGACUCUGGCAAGAAGAAGGUUGAGAAGAGGAAGGUCGAAGUAGAUGCCAAUGGUAAGAAGAUCCGUGAAUCUCACAAGGAACCUGUCAAGGAUUACGACCAAUAUGUCUUUGACAUCUAUUCCAAAUACGUUCCUCAACCUGUUGAGAUCAAGACCAGAAGCGUAUAUGAAGAUUAUGAUAUUCUGGAAGAAAUCGGCACAGGUGCCUUCGGGGUCGUGCACAGGUGCAGAGAACGCAAGACUGGUAACAUUUUCGCUGCCAAAUUUAUCCCUGUUACCCACGCCAUGGAGAAAGAACUCAUUCGUAAAGAAAUUGACAUCAUGAAUCAAUUACACCACAACAAAUUGAUCAAUCUUCAUGACGCUUUUGAAGACGAUGAUGAAAUGGUCUUAAUUUACGAAUUCUUGAGCGGAGGUGAACUUUUCGAACGCAUCACAGCUGAAGGUUACCAAAUGUCCGAGGCGGAAGUCAUUGCCUACAUGCGCCAAAUCUGCGAAGCCAUCAAACACAUGCACGAGAAGAACAUUAUCCACUUGGACAUCAAACCAGAGAACAUUAUGUGCCAGACACGCAAGGGCACUAAUAUCAAGGUAAUUGACUUUGGUCUUGCCACUAAACUAGAUCCUAAUGAGGUGGUUAAAAUUUCCACUGGUACCGCUGAGUUUGCUGCUCCUGAGAUCGUUGAGCGUGAACCAGUUGGUUUCUUCACUGACAUGUGGGCCGUGGGUGUUCUUUCCUAUGUCCUCCUCAGUGGUCUCUCACCUUUCGCAGGUGAAAAUGACAUUGAGACCCUUAAGAAUGUAAAGGCAUGCGACUGGGACUUUGAUGAAGAAUCUUUCGCAAAUGUCUCUGAAGAAGGUAAAGACUUCAUCCGUAAACUUCUUAUCAAGAGCAAGGAGAAGCGCAUGACCGCGGAAGAAUGCCUAAUGCACGCCUGGUUGACUGGAGAUCACAGCCAUAGAACAAAGGUGAUCGAACAGAACCGCUACUUGAAACUGCGUGAUAAGAUCCGCGCCAGGUAUGAAAACUGGAACGAUUUCUCGCUGCCAAUUGGAAGACUGUCGAACUAUUCCUCGCUACGUAAAUUACUCAUGGAGAAGUACAAGAUAUAUGAUUCAAUGUUUGAUCGACGACAAGCAGCACCUAGAUUUGUUAUUAGACCUCAAAGCGCAUUCUGUUAUGAAGGACAAAGUGUCACGUUCUAUUGCAGAGUUGUGGGUAUUGCUACACCUACCCUUAGCUGGUACCACAACAGUUGUGAACUUAGGCAGAGCGUGAAAUACAUGAAACGCUACGUUGGAGAUGAUUACUACUUUAUUAUCAAUCGCGCCAAGUUGGAAGACCGUGGAGAAUACAUCAUCAGAGCCGAUAACCACUAUGGUUCUAAGGAGGAGGUAGUCUUCCUCAAUGUCCAACCACUUCCAACUGUCACAGCUGAAUACAAACCCGAAGCACAACCUGUCCGCCGUCGUGAACCACUACCAUACACCUACUGGCAAGAAGAACAAGAAUGCGCACCUAGCUUCACCUUCCUGUUACGUCCUCGUGUUAUGCAAGAGAAAGACACCUGCAAACUCCUCUGCUGUCUGGCUGGUAAACCCUUCCCGACAGUCAAAUGGUACAAAGACAAACGCGAACUCAGCAAAUAUGAAUAUUCGAUGUCAACCUCUGAUGGUGUCAUCACAAUGGAAAUCGUUGGUUGUCGUCCAUCAGAUUCCGGAAGAUAUAGCUGCGUAGCAUCCAACAAACAUGGCCAGGAUGAGACAAGUUGCAUGGUGAUCGUUGAAGGUGAAUCUGGUACAGCGGAACAAAGCCAAAUCGCACAGAAGAUCUUGCAUUCCGGCGAUCGUAAAUAUAUUGAACAACCCAUUAAACCAGCACCAAUUCCAGUCACCAUUAGGAAAAAUAUCACACCCGCACCACAACCCACAGCGAGACCAACUAGUUUGAAUCUAUCAUCAUCAUCCUCCAGUUUAAAUAUUAAUGAUAGGUCACCGAAGAGAUACGGAGGUAGAUUAGACUCCACAGGCACAGGUAGUCCAAAUAGAUCAAGAAACUCAACUAAAGAAUUAGCAUUACCUCCUGAUGAUGCGUCCAUGUGCACACCUAGAUUUUCCAAGGAACUGAAAAAUACCACUGUAGGUGAUGGCGAACAACUGACAUUGAUCUGUCAUGUUAAGGGUGACCCAGAACCACAAGUAACAUGGUCUAAAAAUAAGAAACCCUUGAGUUCCUCUGAGGUCAUGGACUUGAAAUACAAAAAUGGCAUUUGCACCCUGACUAUUAAUGAAGUAUAUCCUGAAGAUGAAGGUGAAUAUGUAUGCAAAGCUACUAAUUCAAUUGGAUCAACAGAGACCUUCUGCAAGCUCACAGUCAAACCCAUGGGUAGUAUUGUAAAUGGUAAGAAGAAAUCAGACGACAAGCCUCCCAGAAUCGUCAGCCAUUUGCAAUCAGCAUUCGUGAAGGACGGUGAACCGGUAGAGCUCUCCUGCAGAAUCAUCGGCAGUGACAAAUUCGACGUAAUCUGGCUGCACAACAACAAAGAGAUCAAACCCAGCAAAGACUUCGAGUACACCAACGAGGCGAACAUUUACAAACUGCGCAUCGCCGAGAUCUUCCCGGAGGACUCCGGCGCGUACACCUGCGAGGCGUUCAACGACGCCGGCGAGACGUUCAGCAGUUGCACCCUCAACGUGCUGGUGCCCGACGAGCAGCCCAAGUCGCCCGUGUUCAAAACAUUCCCGAUCUCCGCCACGCUCGCCGAGGGCGAGACCGGCACGUUCAUCGCCGAGACCGAAGAUGAACCAUUGCAGAUCAACUGGCUGAAGGACGGCAAACCCAUCCGCGAGAGUGUCUCCAAGUACGGAUUCACACAAGAGGGUAAACGAUACACGCUCAAGAUCAUCAAAUGCGACUCGAACGACAUCGGCCAGUAUCAAGCGAAGGCGAUUGGCAAAAAGAGCGAAACACUCGCCGCCUUCUCGCUCAAUGUCGUCCCGCAAGGCGAGCAGUAGAUAAGGAACUUCUAAUCUAACUAAAUUCUUAUAUUUGUUACGCAAACACCGCACGUUCAACGCAUCGCUCCUAAAUUUUACCAUUUUAUGUAAAAACUGCAUCAAUUGUUAGGAGACUAAAGCCCAUGACGAUGAAUAUACAGAAUCCUGCCAGCAUCCUCAACAAUUUACCAUCUUUAGGAUUCUAGAUAUUCGUUUGCAUGUUGUACUCUAAUUUCACAACAAUUGAUACCAAACGUGUGGGUUGACGGAAAUAAUAGGAGCGUAUAUUUGUAAUUUAUAAAUUAUAUGUAAUUCUAAAUUAUCGAAACCGCUAUCGGUAUGAAAAGAUAGAUUUAAUUUUUAGUGUGAAAGUGCUUGAGCCAUCUUUUCAUUGUUUAUUAUCGGCCAUACGAUUAUGUAUCGUCGCGUUGGUUUUGUUUAUUUAUUCGUUUAUUUACGACAUAUACUACGAUGUAUUUACGUUUUCAUAUUGCAUUGUCGCUUGCGCAAAGCCACACAUACUCUGUAUCAUAUUAUGUAAAAUAAAUAAAUUUAAUUUUAAAAAUAA